AAGGAGGCCAUCGAGGAGAGUGAGGAGCAGAGGGUUAAAUAAUGGAUCGACAGACGCGGCGGGCGAACUUCAAGAACCUGCAGCAAGCCUCCAACAAGCUUCGAUCGACGCGCAGCACUACCCCCUUAUCACUGACCGACUAUUUUGGCACUCCAGAAGAGACUGCAAAGAAUCUACCAGCACCACUCGCACCUCCAGUGGAGAGCGAACCUCCUUCGCCCAAAAUAAAACCCAUACGGGCCAGCAAUGUGUUCGAAAAACCAGGACCAAAGCCUAAAAAGGCACCCAAGCUCAAGGGCAGCGGCACUAGCUCAUCCACAGGCACUUCCCGCCGGGGACGGGGCAGGAGUAAGCAGCAACCGAGCAUCAGCAAUUUCCUGCGGAACGAACACAUCUUCGCCGAGGUCACGGCCCAGCACUGCCUGGCGGACAACUUCAGUCCCGACGAUAUUGAGAUGGCGCUGGCGCUGUCCAAGUCCGAGGCUGAGAAACGGGGAUGCCUGCGCUUGAACGACGACAACGAGGAGGAGGCCGUGGUGGACCUGAUCGACGAUGCUGAGGAUUCCACGGAGAACAUAAGACGCAAGCUGCAGAAGUACGGGUUUCGCACAGCGGCAAAGGAAGAUUAUAAAUCACUGGGAGUCCUGCCUGUGGUUCCUGGAAAAGGUAGCAGACGCGGCAAAUGGGCCAAUAAAUUCACUGCCUUAACCCUACGAAAUGCUGAAGUCCAACAGAAGAAGGUGGAGGAGAAGGUAUCCACACUGAUGGCCCAGCAAAUGCGCACCAAGGAGCUGCAGGAUAAAGACCGCUUGAUGCCACCCUACGAACUGAUCAGCUCCCACCUUCAGCCACUCAGAGCCUCAAGGAAAUCUCAAAUCCUUCACGAACCCAACGAAGGUGCUUUAGAAGAUUUGAGUCUGUACUAUGUGACCGACUUGAUAGAGGUAAGCCAGACACCAGCCAAUCAUCUACUCAAGAAUUGGGCUGCGAUACAGGGAAGGGACUUGUCCCCGGAACGUGAGACCCAAAAAAGCCGCCAACUAAAAAAGCAACUUGAGUUGGUAUACGCGGAGUUGGAAAAGCAUUUUGGAGAUCCACAGGAGAUGGAUCAGCAAGUGGUGGAGGAACUGGAUAAGCUUGAAAAGCUGGUGGCAGAGAAUAUGAUUGAAGAUGACUCAAAAUUGGUUGAGGAGGAUGAGGCAUCCUCCACCAAAAGCAGUCCCUCAAAAGAGCCGCCCGAUAAGCGACCCAAAAUGACCAAGGACGACAAGGAAAAUGAACAGCCGCCAGUUGUGACUAUCUUAAGCGUUCCCACGCGCUGCACUUCACCCGAUCUCUUUGCUGAUUCCGAUGAGGAAAUGAAUAUACCCACCAUAUCUGACUCCAAGGAGCCAGAGGAGCUGAAAGAUUUCUCCUUGAGGGUCUACAAGAAUAAGAGUCCAGUAAAAGAAGUGGAAAUAAUAAGCAGCAGCGAAGAGCCUACUCAGAUAACCACCUACGAAGUCUUUUCGAGUUCCAGUGAUGAAGGUACAAAAGCUGACUUGAAUAAUGAUCCAAAUUCAUCGAGAUUAUCCCCAAAAAUCUUCAAUAUGAGCGCUGUCUUUGAGUCUGACUCUGAUGUAGACAAUUUUAACAUCACUUCCGCAUUGGAUUCCCAAACCCAAACAGAAAGCUCUACCAUCUCCAAGGAGUUGUUCCUCAAAUAUGCAAUACCUACAGUAGAAAAAGAAGAGGAAAAUGUGGCUGAAAUUUCCUUUUCGCAGGCUUUCAAACACUCAUUCCACGUAGAUACUGUAACCCCUUCAAGCCAUAUUGAAAGAAGCUCUAGCUUUAGUGAGCUAAACUUCUCCAGGAACUCUUUGCGAAGAAGUGUCAGCUUGUCCACCGAUAACAGUUUCAAAAGCCCGUUCAACUGGAAGAUUAACAGCUCUGCUGAGAUGAGGGAGCCAUUACCAACUCCUACCCCCUGUAUCCACUCAGAUGUAAGUGUGGAUUUGACGCAAAAUAGCGAUGAUGACAACGAUGUCAUUCUGCUGUCCGAUGAGGAGAUCAACUAUUCCAUUUGGAAGGCCAACAAGUCAACCAUGGCGGCUGUCAAUUUCGAAAAUGAGAACUCCGACGACAGCAGCAGUUUUUCUUCUCCAGUGGCUAAAAAGCGCGCUAUUCCCCACUUCGAAACCGAGGAGGAUCUAAAUGCCUUUUUGAUGGCAGGUGAUUCACAUUCGCCCAACAAGAGUGCGCUUAGCAAAGAGCGAGCAGAGUUUGGCAUACUGGAUGCAGCUCCCUCACAGCCAUUUAGCUUCUCCCAGUUAAGACCUGACUCGUCGUCAAGCAGCGAUAUCAAUUGGGCAGAAGCCUCGUUUUUGGAUGCACCAGUUAAGCCUUUUGGUCGAAGGAGCAGCCACAAAUUCGAUGAAUUGCUGGGAAAAAUAACCGAGCCGGAAAAUCACAAUUCCGACAACGAUUUUGAUGAAUUUGAUCAGUUGGUUUUCCAAAGCAAAAAGAAUUCCGAAACGGAGGUCAUGCCCAGUGGCCUCGAUCGUUUGCUGAAUGCGGAGAUUAAAAUGCCUGCAGCAGAACCAGAAGAGAUGAGCAUGCCCAAGGAUGUGCCGGAUCAACUGGAGGUCGCCGGAAAUGUGUACACCAUAAGUGUUUGCCACAAACCCAAACCGGACUUCGCCAGCCUUCCAGAAUCGGAGAUUCUACAGCUACUUUACAAUUACGGAAUCAAGCCAUUGAAACGGAAGCAGGCCGUGAAAAUGCUAGAGUUUAUUUACAAUCAAACUCAUCCCAUUAUGCAGGGUUUACCUUUCCGACCAGAGCCCAUUGUUCGCUCGAAAUCUUCACCCGUAUUAUCAUCUAAACCACUUUCCCAGUUGGUAAUCUCCAACCCCACUGAGGACUGCCUGACGCCAACGGAACCAAGAAAGGAUUUCAAGUUCAACGAUGCCUCGGGAGAUCAGCUGCUGCGCUUCUCCCAAUCCCUGCCGCCCAGUCUGUGCGACGACUUUGAGUUCUAUAUCCUGCAGACGAACGUUUCCAAGAAGACGCCGCAGCCGCUGGUGCCGCUGCACAUAGCCUGGCACAAUCUGCUCUGCGCAAAUCCCCGCCUGCACGAGAGCGUGCUCAUGUACGAGCCCAUAGACCUGCAGGAGGUAUAUUUGUACCUGAAGCAGAUGGGUCAUCGCUACGAUCCUAAGGAGCUGAGGGGUUUCCUGGACCGCCGGUGCAUUAUCUUUCGCUAUGAGCUGGCCGCUCCAGCCAAGCAAACGGCGCGUCAUGUUCGGAAGCUGCCUAAGAAAGCAUCCAAACGAAGUUAGAUUUAUGAUUAUCGAUUUUUGAACAAUUUAUCUCAAUUUAUUGGAGUCCAUUGCACGUACUCCCUAUUCCGAAUGUAUUGAUUUGCUCAAUUUAUUAUUUAAGAAUUUAUUAUAAAAUUGUACAUUGUUAUUAUGGGCUUUGAAAAAUUUAUUGUCCAGAAAAAUUUAGUUUAAAAAAACUUGAGAAAUAUAUUUAAGAAAUUCCGUAUUAUACAAUUUAUUGAAGACCAUUAAGA